AUGAUGGAAAAUGUUUUAGAUGCUGAAUUGGAAGAGGGAAAUGAAAAUGCAGUGAGGACUCGCAAGAAGUGCCCCACAACAAAGUUCAGGCGUAAUGAAAAAGGGGAAUUUCCACUCCACACAGCGUGUAUCAGUGGCAAUUUGGCGCUUGUCAGAAAACUUCUGGAGCAGGGUCACCCGGUGAAUGUUCGGGACCACAACGGGUGGCUGCCGCUGCACGAAGCCUGCAACUUCGGCUACCUGGAGAUUGUGGAGGAGUUACUGAAUAAAGGGGCUGCCAUCAACGACAAGGGGACGGACGGGUGUGAUGGCAUGACGCCCUUGCUGGACGCUGCCUCUUGCGGCAACCUCAGUGUCAUGAACCUGCUCCUGCAACGUGGCGCUUCUCCAGUCAUGAGGACCAAUAAGGGAGAGACAGUUUUGGACUGUCUGGUCGCCUGGCGGAAACGUUACAUCAGGGACGAGAAGAGAGAUUUGGAUCCAGACACCCUCAAUCAGUACAAUGAUCUGGUCAAGACGUUAGGAGCGGCUCUCAAAAAAGCCGGCCAUAAACCAGAAUCUGACAAGAGAUCUCCUUCUCCUCCUUCAUAUUCUGCCAGCCAACCAAAAUCUGCAAGGAGAUCAACAGGAAGUGACUUUAGAGACAAAAUCACUCGAAGAUCAGGUCCAUCAAGUUCUUCAUUGGGGAAUUUUGAUGAUCAGGAUUUACGCCAGAGGAAGAGUCACACCAACCACGACCUAGUGUCCAGACCUUCGAGUAGUUCCUUGCGAAGGAGUAUAGAUGACGUUACACUCGUUCAAGACAGAAACGCAGCCAGAGAGUAUGAGGAUGCGAUGAAGGCUCUACGACGUAAGCCUGUGCUUCAACCAUCGUCAAGCUCACCUACGGAGAGUAAAAGUGCGUUGUUGGACGAGAAUGAGUUGGUGGACGAUUGGCUGAUUGAUGAUUUGGCUGUGAAUGCCAACCGAGGGGUGAAGCGACGGAGGAUGCACGAGUUUGACGGGGAACCACAGAGACGACCGAACCGCCUGGCAGUGACCGAUCACGGCGGUGGUAGGACCAUGGAAACCGAGCGAAGAAACAAUUUCCGUCCAGUCAGUCCUGUCAACAUGGAGUCUGAUUCAAAUGAUUCGGAACGUAAUCAGCAAGUGGAGGAUGUGAAUGAUAAUGAGAACUUGGCUGAACUAUCUGAACUACUUUCAUCUGAUGAACCAACCUCACAACAUCGUAGUCAGCCACUCGAGAGCACUCCAGUCUCUCGACACGGGAGUUCCUACCAAGUGCCUUUGUCCGUUUUCGGAGUGGUCCGCAAUCCUGUACCUCGCCAACCUGAACCGGAAAUGACUGUUGGUAAUACACUGCCAGGAAGUCAACCUGCCGCAGUUAAUCAAGUCAUACAUCAGCCUCCUCCUCAGGUCUCUCAGAUGGCUCCACCUUCAAUAAAAGUUCCCGGAGUGGAAGGAAAACUCCUAUUGGUUCCAUUGCCGAUAACCUCUGCUGAGCCUCUCACCAUAGCAUGGCUUGCUGAGGAAGCGGCAAAGCGUUAUUACAGCUUUGAAGGCAUGGAGCCCAAACUGAGUCUGACAACAGAGGACGGUGCCAUGUUGGCUCCCCAAGACCCGGUGACACUGCUGCUCUCUUACCGGGAAGUGAAUGGAGUUGUCAUGUCCUGGAAAAUGCAUCCCAUCACUGAACGCUACCGGGAGGCCUGCUUGGAGCUGGGAACAGAUGUGGAUGAGUACCUGGAGAGGAGUCUGGGACAUCAGCCAGGCAUCGUUCUCUCUGAACCUGAAAGGCUGUUCGCUGGAUUGCUCCGAUGUUGGACCCUGUGUUCCGAGCCUCACUGCAUCAGACUUCGCUCCAACACUUAA